AUGGAUUCUUUGGAAAACAGUUCGUCCCAUGAUGUCCCUCAUCCAAGAAAACCCGUUCUUAACAAAUAUGCCUUUGCGGCUGCUCUACUGGCUUCUGCAACUUCAAUUCUACUCGGCUAUGAUAUUGGUGUGAUGAGUGGUGCGAUCAUUUUCAUCAAAGAAAACAUUCACAUUUCAACUAUUGAAGUAGAGAUAUUGGUUGGUUCUUUGAAUGUGUGUUCAUUAUUUGGUUCACUCCUAGCUGGGAAAACAUCUGAUUUGAUCGGUCGACGUUUGACUAUAGUAUUAGCAGCAUCAACAUUUCUCGUUGGUGCAGUUCUAAUGGGAUUUGCACCAUCUUAUCCUUUCUUAAUGACUGGCAGAGUGAUUGCCGGUGUCGGAGUCGGUUACUCCCUUAUGAUCGCCCCAGUUUACACCACCGAGCUUUCACCAGCAACAAGCCGAGGGUUUCUCGCAUCAUUACCUGAACUUUUCAUUACUUUAGGUAUCCUAUUCGGUUACCUAUCCAACUACUUUUUAGCUGGUCUCCCCAAUCGUAUAAAUUGGAGAAUAAUGGUGGGGAUAGCAGGAGCACCAGCCGCGGCUAUUGGUUUAGGUGUUUUAGCGAUGCCUGAGUCUCCUAGGUGGCUCGUGAUGAAAGGCCGGUACGGUGAAGCUAAAAAGAUCAUUCAAAAAAUAUCACACACCAUGGAAGAAGCUGAGUCAAGGUUUCAAGAAAUAAAAAUGGCUGCUUCGAGAUUGGAUAGUGAAAACUCGAGCCAAUUCAGUGGUAAAGGUUUUUGGAAAGAGUUAUUAUUAACCCCAUCUCCUUCACUUCGUAGGAUUCUUAUAGCAGCUGUUGGGAUCAACUUCUUCAUGCAAGCUUCAGGCAAUGAUGCUGUUGUUUAUUACAGUCCCCAAGUGUUCAAAGCUGCUGGAAUCCACAACAAACGACACCUUUUCGGCAUUACAGUAAUCAUGGGGCUCAGCAAGACAUUCUUUGUUCUGGUUUCUGCUCUUUUCUUGGACCGGUUCGGUAGGCGACCUCUUCUUUUAUUAGGCACACUAGGGAUGGUUUUUUCAUUGGUGGGGUUAGGCUUGGGGUCCAAAUUUCUAGCAGAAAAUAACAGUAAACCUACAUGGGCUAUUGUAUUAAGUAUAAUCGCAGUUUGUGCUUUCCUUUCAUUCUUUUCCAUAGGGAUUGGCCCUAUCACAUGGGUGUAUUCAUCUGAAAUUUUCCCGAUGAAAUAUCGAGCACAAGGCACCAGCGUUGCGAUAUCAGUAAACAGGCUGGUGAGUGGUGGUGUUGCAAUGAGUUUCUUAACCAUUGCAAACAAGAUUACAUUUGCUAGAGUUUUUUUUAUACUAGCAGGGAUUAUGACAAUGGCCACCAUUUUCUUCUACUUUUUAUUGCCUGAAACAAAAGGUAAAACCCUUGAAGAGAUUGAGGGUCUUUUUGAAGAUAGACCUAUUCUAAGUGACAAUUCGACGAUUCUUACUGUGGAUUAG